AUGAGCCACCGGCGAGUUGAGGCAUGCGACUCCUGGCGCCCGCCGCCCGCGCCCGCGCACGCGCCUGCUCUCCUCCUCCGCGCGGGUAACCCGUGGGGCCGCUCCUACCCGCCCUGCGCCUUCGCGUCUCUCUCCGUCCGUGAGGGCGGGGUCAAGGCGGAGGAUGUGGGAGAGGAGAAGGAGAGAACGCUGGCUCAGGCGGCAGCGGAGGUCUCCGGGACGAAGGGCAAGAUGCCGCCGGUGGCGCAGCUGCUGAAGCACCCCCUGGCGCUGCUGGCGCUGGUGCCCAGCAGCGUCGCGCUCUUCGCGGCCGGCGCCGGGGCGGGCGCCGUCGCCAAGACGGUUACCGCGCCGCUCGACCGCGUCAAGCUCCUCAUGCAGACACAUAGCGUGCGGAUGGCGGGUGAAAGCACUAAGGGAAUUGGAUUCGUGCAGGCUAUGGCAGAGAUAGGGAAGGAAGAGGGUAUAAAGGGUUACUGGAAGGGCAAUCUUCCACAGGUUAUCCGCAUAAUUCCAUACAGCGCAGUGCAACUUUUCUCAUAUGAAGUUUACAAGAAAGUAUUCCGGAGAAAGGAUGGAGAACUUACUGUAUUUGGGAGACUUGCGGCUGGGGCUUGUGCGGGCAUGACUUCUACACUUGUGACUUACCCACUCGAUGUCCUCCGGCUUAGGCUAGCAGUUCAAUCUGGACAUAGCACUAUGUCACAGGUUGCUCUGAACAUGCUGAGAGAAGAAGGCCUAGCUUCCUUCUAUGGGGGCCUUGGUCCAUCUCUUAUAGGAAUUGCACCUUACAUUGCUGUAAACUUCUGUGUUUUUGACCUAAUGAAGAAAUCCGUACCGGAGAAGUACAAGAGUAGACCAGAGACUUCUCUAGCAACUGCUCUUCUUUCAGCAACAUUUGCAACCUUGAUGUGCUAUCCGUUGGACACUGUUAGGAGGCAGAUGCAAAUGAAAGGCACACCAUAUAAUACAAUUUUCGAUGCCAUUCCAGGCAUUGUGGAGCGUGAUGGUCUAGUUGGGCUAUACAGAGGUUUUGUGCCAAACGCGUUGAAAAAUCUACCAAAUAGCAGCAUUAAACUCACCGCAUUCGACACAAUGAAGAUCCUGAUAUCUACUGGGCAAAAGGAACUGGAAAAAAUAAUGCAAGAAAAUCAGGAGAAAACAAGCUAG